CUUUUGGAGAGGUCAAGUGAGUCCAAGCAUACUUAUGCAUCACCUUCUAAAGGCUCACGUGCUAGAGUGCGCAAAACUCCUUCUACCCCAAGGUCAAGAUUGAUCUACACAUUUCCAGGGAGAAGAGAGCUAGUCUUCCACCAAUUCCCCGACCAAACCCGAGUUCUUGGAAGGGAAAGCAAAUAUGGGUGA